UAUGCGGCACCUUCCCCUGAUUCCCCUCCCCAUCUCUCUCUCUAUCUCUCUCUCUCUCGAUCCAUAGUUUUCUCCGAGCUCUUUAAUGGAUAUAUUCGAAUCUCACGCCAAAUCCCACCACUAGAAUCAAAAGCCUCCUCUCCCACCCCAUAGGAGGAGAGAGAGUGAGAGAGAGAGAGAGAGAGAAACGCGUCAAAACAAAACAGGGGGCGAAACCCAAAAGCGCUGCGCACAGAAGCAGCUUCAAAAGCCGUAAGAGGAGGAGGAGGAGGAGGAGGAGGAGGAGGAGAGAGGGGAUUGAUGAGAUGGGUAUGCCGAGCGACGACGUGGUGCUGAUCAGGGAGCCGGAGAGGGACGGGGAGCCCAGCGUGAUCACCGUUAGUUGCCCCGAUAAGACGGGGCUCGGAUGCGAUCUCUGCCGUGUGAUCCUCCUCUUCGGAUUGAGCAUCGUCCGUGGAGAUAUGAGCACGGAUGGGAAGUGGUGUUUCAUAGUGUUCUGGGUUGUGGGGAGAGGAGGGAAGGAGACGAGGUGGGGUUUGCUUAAGAAGAGGCUCAUGGGGGUUUGCCCCGUGGUGAGCUCACCCCUGGUGAUAGAAACCUACUUCUCAAGGCAACCGGAGAUGGUGUCCAUGGUGCAACAACCACAGGUGUUUCUCCUCAAGUUCUCAUGCUAUGAUCGAUUGGAUCUCUUGCAUGAUGUGACCCAAGUAUUAUGUGAGCUUGAGCUGACAAUCAGGAGGGUGAAGGUGUCCACCACACCGGAUGGGCGAGUUCUCGACCUCUUCUUCAUUACAGACACGAGGGAGCAACUUCAUAUGAAGAGCCAAAGGGAGGAGGCAUGUAAUCAACUGAGAACUGUUUUAGGGGGCUCGAUGAUGAGUUGCGAGAUCGAAGAAGCCGGAGCAGACAUGUCUGCUUGCGUUCAAGCUUCUUCUACCUUACCGCCGUCGAUCACUGAUCGGAUGUUCUCACUUGAGCUUCCUGAAGAACAAUCCCGAAGGGAAGAGUCUCCGUCCACGUGUAAGAACAUAUCGGUCACGAUGGACAACUCUCUGAGUCCCGCUCAUUCACUUAUUCAGAUCCAGUGUGGUGACCACAAGGGAAUCCUCUACGACAUCAUGAGGACUCUCAAGGAUUACAACAUACAGAUAUCUUACGGACGAUUCUAUACCAGUCAAAAUGGGAACUGCGAGAUAGACUUGUUCGCAGUGCAAGUAGAUGGUAAGAAAAUCGUCGACCCGAACAAGCAACAGGCGCUGUGCUCUCGCUUGAGAAUGGAGCUGUUCCGGCCACUCCGCGUGACCAUCGUGAGCCGAGGGCCCGACAUGGAGCUUAUAGUGGCAAACCCGGUCGAAUUAUCCGGCAAGGGCCGUCCCCUAGUUUUCUACGACAUCACUCUCGCCCUCAAAAUACUUCGCAUUCCGAUCUUCUUGGCCGAGAUUGGGAGGCAUGUUGUGGGUGAUAGGGAGUGGGAAGUGUACCGAAUUCACCUCGGCGAGGAUCACGAGCUCUCCGUGUCGCCGAGCAAGAUAGUCCAGGAAGUAACAAAGAUGUUAAUGGGCUGGGAAUGAUUUCUUCUGUCACUGUAUGGAGAGAGCUCUUCUGAUGUAUUUCCUGUGCAGUUUAAUCCACACUGUAAAAAUUUUCCUGCCACCCAUAUCCUACAGAGAAAAAGUUGGGCUAACUUGGUUUUACUUACUGCUUCUUGUAUAGGUCCUUUGGCAAAUGCUUGUUAAGUUUACCUUGGGUCCUAGAUAAAUGAAGAUGAAGAGGAGAGAGAGAGAGUGUUUGUAGACAAUGUAGCAUUGUACAUUGUAGCAUGUACAUUUAGUGCUCUAUUUGAUAGCAACCAAUCCAUCUGCAUACUAUAUUUGAACUCUUCUUUUAA